ACACAUUUGCAGUCUGUUAACAUCUUUUUUUUUUAAGCUAAGAUUUUUUUUCCAUCAUGCGGCCUAGCACGGAUCGUGGAGUAGUACAAUCUACAUACAAAUGAUCUAAAGACCGCAUGUCACUAAUAACAAACAAAAUAAAUAUAUUUGCCCAUACCACACCCAAAUCUCGAGAGAGAAAAGGUCAGUAACAAAAUCCAAAUGUAGGAGUUCUAAGAUUCCACCCUUCCACGUGUGCUUUUGCAUGUCUCCAAAUCCAAACACGUGUCCCAUCCAUACAAAAUAAACCAAACCAAAUUCUAUUUACCACCCUUCAGUAAACCCGUACUUGCUGUCUUCAUCUCUCUCUUUCUAUCCACAAAAUCUCCCUAAUGGCUGACCGUGCCCCUACCCAGAGAGCUACGAGACCCACCACCCACAAUGGCUCUACAUUUCUACGUAAACUCCAAGUCCAUAUCGGAUCAAACUCAAGCCAACUUGUUGGUUUGUUGACUCUUAUCAUCUCCGGCUCCAUUCUCCUUCUCCUUACAGUGAUCACUGUCACAGGAUCAGUACUCGGGUUGACCCUUUUAACUCCUUUGAUCAUCAUUUCAAGCCCCAUAUGGAUCCCUAUAGGCAUAGUCCUCUUCUUUGUUGUUGCUGGGUUCUUAUCUUUUUGCGGGUUCGGAUUGGCCGUCGUGGCUGGAUUGUCAUGGGUGUAUAAGUAUUUUAAAGGGUUGAAUCCACCUGGGUCGGACCAGGUCGAUUAUGCUCGUAACAGAAUCUACGAUACAGCGACCCAUGUGAAGGACUACGCCAGGGAGUAUGGUGGUUACUUGCAGAGCAAGGUGAAGGAUGCGGCUCCUGGUGCCUGACAAGCUGGUUAAUUAGUGGUGGCCGGCAGGGUUUGGGUUCUGCCGAACUGGAUUUGGGCAAACCGGGCGUCUUUAUCUCUCUCUACUGAAUUUACUUUUUUUUUUUUCGUGAUGUUGUCUAUUUGAUAUGGUGGCAUUUACUUUUCUUCGUGUUGAUGGAAUCAUGGAAAGGGUGUCUGUUUGUGUCUAUUUAUAGCUUGGAGUUUGGCAUAUUAUUAUUUGUUUAAUAUUUUUGAACUUUAUGAAUUAAUUGUUUAAUGGAAAUUCAUAAACUAUCACA